UGCUCUCCCGCCCCUGCAGGUGCAAUCACCGCCCAGUUACAAGGGACAGGAAGAGGGGAAAAAAAGAUUUGUUCACUUAGUAACGCCGCGCCUUCAGACGCGAGCGGGGAUGUUUUUAUGAUUUUUUAAAAUAUUUGUCGUUACCUUCCACUCAGAAAGUGAUAUUUGUUAUUCCGUCGUUGAAAAUAGGUGGAGGAGAAGUCGGAAAAUGGGGAAGAAAGUAGAGUCAAAUGAGGAAUCACAGUAUGGAGAACCAGCUCAGUAUGACCGGAACUUCAAAGGACCUUUACAGAAAAGAGGCUGCACCGACAUCAUCUGCUGUAUCUUAUUCCUAGCCGUCGUCCUUGGAUAUAUAGCGGUCGGGAUUUUAGCAUGGAUCUACGGUGAUCCAAGACAUGUUCUUUAUCCCAGAAACUCAACAGGCUGGUUCUGUGGCCUUGGAGAGAACAAAGACAAGCCCAAUAUUUUUUAUUUUGACCUGAUUAAAUGUGCCACAUCUGUCAACAUUAUAGCAACUGCUCUCAAUGGUCUUCAGUGUCCAACUACACAGGUGUGUGUGGAAAAGUGUCCGUCAACGUACUGGGCUCUAAAGUUUGAAGCCUAUUUACCAACAGCUAGACCAGCAGAUUUUUUUAAUCAAAGCCUAUGUGUGCCAUCACUGGAUCUGGCUACUACUCCCCUGAAAGUCAAAGACAUCCUGGACAAGGAGCUGUGUCCUUUCUUCCACAUACCUACUACCUCAGUGCUAGGACGAUGUUUGCCUGUAAUUCCUGACUUGGAGAAAAUACCUCCAGAAUUUUCCAAUGUUAUUGGUUUACCUUCUUCGGUCAACGACACAGUCAACCUGAUCAAGAAUGGCACUGUGGACGUUGUGAAAGGUUUUAAUGCCCAAGAUGUUGGCGUCAGAAUCUUUGAGGAUUUUGCAUCUUCAUGGCCUUGGAUCCUUCUAGGUCUGGUAAUAGCCAUGGUGGUCAGUAUGCUCUUCCUGUUGCUGCUCAGAUUUGCUGCACCAGUGAUGGUCUGGGUUCUCAUCAUAGGGGUCCUAGGCGCUGGAGCGUACGGGAUUUGGCACUGCUACUGGGAGUACGACAACUAUAAGAAGGCCUCGUCUUCCAUUACUGAUGUCGGUUUCUCCACCGACUUCAAUGUUUACCUGCAGGUCCAAGAGACCUGGCUGGCCUUCUUGAUCAUCAUUUCUGUGGUGGAGGGUAUCAUCCUCCUCACCAUCAUCUUUCUCAGGACCAGAAUCCUCAUAGCCAUUGCCCUCAUCCAGGAGUCCAGCAAGGCGAUCAGUCACAUGAUGUCCGCCCUAGUGUACCCUCUGGUCACCUUUGUCCUGGUGCUGGUGUGUGUCGCUUACUGGGGCGUCACUGCUUUAUAUUUGGCCACUUCAGGAGAUCCUCUGUACAGAGUUGUUGCUCUGAACUCCACUUUGGCCGACUGCAAGAACAUCAACGGUAGUGAAAACUGUGACCCUCAGAACUUUGACUCUUCAAAAUACCCAGACUGCCCCUCUGCCAACUGUAUCUUCUUCAAAUACAACGAUGAGGGAAACUUUCAGAAGCUGCUGUUCAAUCUGCAGAUCUACAACGCGGUGGCGUUUCUCUGGUGUGUUAACUUCGUCAUUGCCCUGGGCCAGUGUACACUGGCUGGAGCCUUUGCCUCCUAUUACUGGGCCUUCAACAAACCAGAUGACAUCCCCAUGUUCCCUGUAACUGGUGGCUUUGUUCGCUCACUCAGAUACCAUGCAGGCUCCUUGGCUUUUGGUGCUUUGAUCCUGACCCUGGUCCAAAUAGUGAGGAUCAUUUUGGAGUACAUUGACCACAAAACUAGAGCGGCUCAGAAUCCAGUUGCUCGUUUCAUCAUGUGCUGCUUGAAGUGUUGCCUCUGGUGUCUGGAGAAGUUCAUUAAGUUCCUCAACAGGAACGCUUACAUCAUGAUUGCCAUUUAUGGGAAGAACUUCUGCGUCUCGGCCAAAAACGCUUUCAUGUUGCUGAUGAGAAACGUAAUACGGGUUGUAGUGCUGGAUAAAGUCACAGACCUGCUGUUGUUUUUUGGGAAACUCCUGGUGGUUGGAGGAGUGGGUGUUUUAUCCUUCUUCUUCUUCUCUGGACGGAUUCUGCUGCCAGGAGACACAUUUCGCUCUGAAACACUCAACUAUUACUGGAUGCCAAUAAUUACUGUGGUGAUUGGCAGCUACCUGAUAGCUCAUGGCUUCUUCAGCGUCUACAACAUGUGUGUGGACACACUGUUCCUCUGCUUCUUGGAGGAUCUGGAGCGUAAUGAUGGAUCUCCAGAGAAACCAUACUUCAUGUCCAAAAACCUCAUGAAAAUCCUCAACAAGUCCAACAAGGUCCCAAAGAAAGGUAAAGGGAAAAACUGAGGAGCCAACACUGUCACAGUUUUAGUUUUAACCAGUCAACACUUUUAACACGUUUACUUAAAAAAAUAAAUCUGCUGAUUUUGCACUUUUUAAUUUUUUUUAUUGUAUCCAUGUAUUUUCUGAUGUUAAUGAAUGUAUAAAAGAAAGGACUGAGCUUGAGGAAAAUGUGAACUUUUGAUGUUGAUUAUGUGUUAUAUACAAAUAAUCAUAGACUCAUUGUUGUUAAUAUUUGCUACAUCACUUUAUUUCUGUUAGAAUGUUUAAAUUGUGAUUCAAAAAUUCAAACAUCCUUCACAGAAAACAUUUAUUUCAUAGCUUUUUUUUCCAUUUUAUUCAAACCUUUUGAACUAUUUUGUACAAAAGAUUUACAAAUAAAACUAUUUUAAUGUACCUCUUAUUUUGCUUAAAGUAAAUAUUGUGUAAUAAAAUAUUUACACCACACGUGUUUUGAUGGUUCUUUCACCUGGAAUCUUCAGCAGCAGGUACGUAGAUGUCUGUUUUGAAAGACCACGUGACCAUGUUGUUUCUCAGAUUUGUGCUCACAGGUGGAGAAAAGAUAAACACGUCAGUUUGUCUGGUACAUCAUCUGGUACUUCGCUACAGCUGACAAGAGCAGUCGUACCCAGCCACUCAACUGUGUGUGAGUAUUUGUAUUUACUCCUACAUUACCAUUAAUACUUAAACCACUCUUAUCUGUUCACUCCUCUGUAAAAGUCUUCACCUUUACCAAACAUGUUGCUCUUUUGUCCAGUGUAAAAAUAAAGACACAAGUGUAUGAGUUAAUCAGGUUUUAAUCAUCUAAACCAUUUGGUUUUGUACAAUAGUUCCUGGUUUAGUCUGUUAACAAUCACAGACCGUGAUUUUCACCUCUGUUAUGCUUUUUAGUAACACUCCAGUUUGAAAAGACUCCAGUUUUUAAGCCGACAAAGUUUUGAGGGAAAUGAUGACCCCUAGCGGUCGUUGUUAUUCUCUCUCCAUUCAAUUCUUUUUCAAUGUACUGAUCCCGCUGUUAGCGUUAGAGUUCCCCUAAAGAGUUGAUACAUUACCUACAGUUAAGGUUGCAUUUGCCAGGGUUCACGGUUCAAAGUUGUAGGGGGCGCUACUGCACAUGUUAACAUUAAACGGCGGAAACUGCUGCAACCACCUCUCAUUGCAGGGCCAGAAAAAAAAAA